UUCAUCGACUGGUAAAAAGAAAACAUGGUCAGCUGCACGUACUCUUUACUGGUAUCAGACACAUCUUUUGAACAACUUUACACGUACAGCGAAUAUCUUUGUGAUGGAAGAACGGAGUACAAUCUAGGUCACUUCAUUAUAAACAAUCCAGGGAUCGCUAGCUUUCUGCAUAAUGUUCAGCGCAGAUAUGCACGCGUUCUCCGCCUGCGCUUCCCCGACGUGACCGAUAAUACCCCUAUUGGUACUACUAGCCUGCUGCUGUUGCUUCUAACACAGAAAAUCGCAGAUUUACUACUACUAGGCUCGAGUUUCUUAUCUGAGAAAGGAAGAUGGCAACCCUCACUAAUAAGUUGAUGGACAUGGUCGUUGACCAACUGGACGACAUAUCACCAACCAAAGUGACCAUCGUUGGUGUUGGUCAAGUGGGCAUGGCUUGUGCAUACAGUAUAAUGACACAGAAUAUAGCUAGUGAGAUAGCGCUUGUUGAUGUGAUUGCUGAUAAGUUAAAAGGUGAAGUAUAUGACAUGCAGCACGGUCUAGCGUUCGUCAAGGGAUGCUGUGUAAAAGGAGAUACAGAUUACAAAGUAACGGCUGGAUCAAGACUAUGCAUCAUUACUGCUGGAGCUAGGCAGAGAGAUGGUGAAAGCAGACUUAAUCUUGUUCAAAGAAAUGUAAAAAUAUUUGAAGGUAUUGUUCCGAAUCUGGUUCGCUACAGUCCAAACACAGUACUUCUAGUUGUGUCCAAUCCUGUAGAUAUUCUUACAUACGUUGCAUGGAAACUGAGUGGUUUGCCUGCUAAUAGGGUCAUAGGUGCAGGGACAAACCUCGACACGGCUCGCUUCCGUUUCCUCCUUGGAGAAAAAUUGGGUAUUGCGCCCUCUAGUGUUCAUGGGUAUAUCAUCGGAGAGCACGGUGAUUCUAGUGUUGCUGUCUGGUCAGCUACGACAGUAGCUGGAGUAAGUCUUCAGAACCUACACCCUGAGAUAGGAACUGCUAAAGAUCCUGAGAAUAUGAACCAAGUUCAUCAAGAGGUCAUAGAUAGUGCAUAUGAGAUCAUCAAACUCAAAGGCUAUACUUCAUGGGCUAUUGGAUUGAGCUGUGCCACAUUAGCUUCUGCUGUGUUAAGGAAUCAGAAAGGAGCCUAUGCUGUUUCUACUGUUGCCAAAGGAUACCAUGGUAUUGAACAUCCAGUAUUCCUAAGUCUCCCAUGUAUUCUUGGUCAAGAUGGAAUCUCUCAUGUUAUAAAGCAGACAUUGAAUACCAAAGAACAGGCUCAGCUUCAAUCCAGUGCUAAUACCUUGUGGGACAUCGCCAAAUCGUUGGAGCUACGAGAGCCAUCGAAAUACACCAACAUGCUGAUGGGCUUUGGUCAUUUCUUCAUGUGGACAUUGGUUCCUUUGGUUGCUCUGAUAGCUGGACAUAGGGCUGGAUAAAGCCAAGGUCAACUAUUCACUUUGAUGAAAAGCUCAUAAUUUUCCAAAAAAGAAG